AUGCUUGAAUACCCAAAUAUGUUUUGGACUCCUUGUGGUGCUCAUUGUGUUCAGUUGAUGCUAGAAGAACUUGGUGGCAAGCUUCCACGAAUCAAGACAGCCGUCAUUCUAGGUAAGAGACUCGUUACAUAUAUUUAUGCUCAUUUUCAAGUAUUAAGCUUAAUGAGGGAGAUGAUCGGUGGUGAAUUACAUAGGUCUACAAAGACUAGAUUUGCAACUCAGUACUACACACUAGAAAGUCUUGCAAAGUAUAAAACCCAUUUGCAAAUAAUGUUCGUGAAUGAUAAGUGGUUGAAAAUGAGGUUUGCAAAAGAAACUAUGGGAAUUAAUGUACUUAAAAUUGUCACAAGCAGUACAUUUUGGGAAGAUGUUGAUUAUUCUUGUAGAGUGCUAAAGCCUUUGGUUAAGGUUGUAAGGUUAGUGGAUAUCGAGCGCAAACCUACAAUGCCUUGUUUUUAUGAAGCAAUGAGGAUAGCAAGGGAGAAACUCGAGGAGAAUUUCAGUCAAGAUGAUAGUACUUGGGCUGUAAUUAAGGCUAUCUUUGAUAAAAGAUGGAAGAAUAACUUCAAUCAUGCUCUACAUUGUGCUGCAUAUUAUUUAAAUCCUUCCAUAUUCUACAAAGUCCCUGCUCAUCUAAUGGAUAAUGAUCUUAAGUACAUAGAAAUCAAAAGGGGACUUCAUACAGCAAUGCAAAGGCUUAUUCCCAAUGAAGAAGAUCUUGAGAAAGCUACAACUGAAUUGAGAGACUACAGUGAUGCUAACGGGAUCUUGGGAACUCCGGUUUGCAAAAAAAGAAGAUAUAAAUAUCAACCUCAUGAUUGGUGGAUUACAUAUGGAGGAAUCGAUACCCCAAACCUACAAAAAUUUGCAAUAAGGGUAUUGAGUCUUACUUGUUCUGCUUCCCCGUGUGAGCGAAACUGGAGCACAUUUCAGAAUUUGCAUUCAAAGAAGCGAAAUCGCAUAAAGCAACAAAAAUUGAAUGAUAGCGUCUUUAUUCAAUACAACAAGAAAUUGGAACGUCGAUACAAAGAAAUCAGUCAAUAUAAUGAUGAUCCGAAAGCUCAUGAUCCCAUUUUUCUGGAUGAGCGUGAUGACAAUGAUGAAUGGUUGGCUUUAGAGAAUUUGGAUGACUUGGUUGUACAAGGAGAUAAUGUUAUUUUGGAUGAUUUGCAAGAUAUUGUUGGUGAAAAAGGUAUGCCAGUUGUUGGUAAAAGUGCUUGUAUCUCCCGACGCAAAUCUACUUAUCCAACUGACUCUGAAUAUAGUGGAUAUGAUACUGAUGACUUGAUGUUGGACUCUAAUUAUGGACUACUUGGUGGAGAUGAUGGAGCUACGGAAGAUUAUGAUAUCUAUGAUGAAUCGAAUGAUUUUGAUUAAAAUUGUAAUGUCCAUGUUUAAUUAUGUUUCCAGAUUGUGAACUUUAAAGUUGUGAAUUCUCCCAUUUUUCCAAUUUGAACUUCAUACGACGACUCUUAUGUUUUGAAUGAACUUGUUUGUUUUUCUAAAA